UAUUAUUAUUAUUAUUAUUAUUAUUAUUAUUUCAUAAAAAUUGGGAACAUGGGUAGGAAGCGGGGGAAUGUAGGAGAUGUGUGAAAUAAGAGAAGGGGCAAAUGGUGUUUGAUUUCUUCUUUUCCCUUUGUUCUCUUCCUUGGAAUCCAAAAAGGACUUCCUCUCUGCCCACUCUGAAGAAGGUGUUACAGAAGAAUGUCAGAAUUCCAGGGGACGGGAAUAGACAUUGAAAUGUGAGAAAUGUGGAAUAUGCUUCACUGAAUGAGCACACAUAGCUCACAUCAACAAACUCACAGGAGAGAAACCUUUUAAAGAUUUGAAGUGUGGAAAGAGUUUCACUGAUAGUGAAAAACCUAGAAUACAUCAGCGGACUGCCAUGGGUAAGAAAGGAUUCCAAUGCAGGGAGUGUGGGAAGAGCUUCAGUCAGAAUGGAAACCUUAAAUUACACCAAAGGACUCACACAGGGGAGAAACCAUUUAAAUGUAUGGAGUGUGGAAAGAGCUUCAGUCAGAAUGGAAACCUUAGAAUACAUCAACGUACACAUACAGGGGAGAAACCGUUUAAAUGCAUGGCUUGUGGAAAGAGCUUUAGUGAUAGUGGAACCCUUAGAAAACAUCAACAUUUUCACACAGGAGCGAAACCAUUUAAAUGUAUGGAGUGUGGAAAGAGCUUCAGUUUCAGUUCAAACCUUAGACAACAUCAACAGACUCACACUGCGGAGAAACCAUUUAAAUGCAUGGAGUGUGGAAAGAGCUUUAGUCAAAAUGCGCACCUAACUUUACACCAUCAAACUCACACAGGUGAGAAACCAUUUAGAUGUAUGGAGUGUGGAAAGAGCUUCAUUCAGAUUGGAAACCUUAGAAUACAUCAACGGACUCAUACAGGGGAGAAACCAUAUACAUGUAUGGAGUGUGGAAAGAGCUUCAGUCAGAGUGGAGAGGUUAGAUCACAUCAACGGACUCAUACAGGGGAGAAACCAUUUAAAUGCCUGGAGUGCGGAAAGAGCUUUUCUGAUAAUGAACACCUUAGAAGACAUCAACAGACUCACACAGGAGAGAAACCAUUUAAAUGCCUGGAGUGCGGAAAGAGCUUCAGUCAUAAUGGACACCUUAGAAGACAUCAACGGACUCACACAGGGGAGAAACCAUUUAAAUGCAUGGAGUGUGGAAAGAGCUUCAGUCAGAGUGGACACCUCAAUAUACAUCUACAGACUCACACAGGGGAGAAACCAUAUAAAUGUAUAGAGUGCAGAAAGAGCUUUAGUGAUAAUGUAAGCCUUAGAACACAUCAAUGGACUCACACAGGGGAGAAACCAUAUAAAUGUAUGGAGUGUGAGAAGAGUUUUAGUAUUAGUGGAAGCCUUAGAAGACAUCAACGGACUCACACAGGAGAGAAACCAUUUAAACGCCUGGAGUGCGGAAAGAGCUUCAGGCAGAGUGGACACCUUAGAAGACAUUGGCAGACACAUGACGGAGAAACUGUAGUGUCAGAAACACAUCAAUGGACUCACACAGGGGAGAAACCAUUUAAAUGCCUGGAGUGCGGAAAGAGCUUUACUGGUAAUGAACACCUCAGAAGACAUCAACGGACUCAUACAGGGGAGAAACCAUUUAAAUGCCUGGAGUGUGGAAAGAGCUUCAGUCAGAAUGGAAACCUUAAAUUACACCAGCGGAUUCACACAGAGGAGAAACCAUUUAAAUGCCUGGAGUGUGGAAAGCGCUUCAGUCAGAAUGGACACCUUAGUAGACAUCAACGGACUCACACAAGGGAGAAACCAUAUAAAUGUAUAGAGAGCGGAAAGAGCUUUACUGAUAAUGGACACCUUAGAAGUCAUCAACGGACUCACACAGGGGAGAAACCAUAUAAAUGUAUAGAGAGCGGAAAGAGCUUUAGUGAUAAUGGAAGCCUUAGAACACAUCAACGGACUCACACAGGGGAGAAACCAUUUAAAUGCCUGGAGUGCGGAAAGAGCUUCAGUCAGAAUGGAGACCUUAAAUUACACCAGCGGAGUCACACAGGGGAGAAACCAUAUAAAUGUCUGGAGUGCGGAAAGAGCUUUACUGGAAAUGGACACCUUAGAAGACAUCAACGGGCUCACACAGGGGAGAAACCAUAUAAAUGUAUAGAGUGUGGAAAGAGCUUCAGUCAUAAUGGAAACCUUAGAAGACAUCAACGGACUCACACAGGGGAGAAACCAUAUAAAUGUAUAGAGUGCAGAAAGAGCUUUAGUGAUAAUGGAAGCCUUAGAAGACAUCAACGGACUCACACAGGGGAGAAACCAUUUAAAUGCCUGGAGUGCGGAAAGAGCUUCAGUCGGAAUGGACAACUUAAAUUACACCAGCGGAUUCACACAGGGGAGAAACCAUAUAAAUGUAUAGAGUGCGGAAAGAGCUUUACUGAUAAUGGACACCUUAGAAGUCAUCAACGGACUCACACAGGGGAGAAACCAUAUAAAUGUAUAGAGUGCGGAAAGAGCUUUAGUGAUAAUGGAACCCUUAGAAGACAUCAACGGACUCACACAGGAGAGAAACCAUUUAAAUGCCUGGAGUGCGGAAAGAACUUUUCUAAUAAUGAACACCUUAGAAGACAUCAACGGACUCACACAGGAGAGAAACCAUUUAAAUGCCUGGAGUGCGGAAAGAGCUUUUCUGAUAAUGAACACCUUAGAAAACAUCAACGGACUCACACAGGAGAGAAACCCUUUAAAUGCCUGGAGUGCGGAAAGAGCUUUUCUGAUAAUGAACACCUUAGAACACAUCAACGGACUCAUACAGGGGAGAAACCAUAUAAAUGUAUAAAGUGCAGAAAGAGCUUUAGUGAUCAUGUAAGCCAUAGAACACAUCAACAGACUCACACAGGGGAGAAACCAUAUAAAUGUAUGGAGUGUGAGAAGUGUUUUAGUAUUAGUGAAAACCUUAGAAGACAUCAACGGACUCACACAGGGGAGAAACCAUUUAAAUGCCUGGAGUGCGGAAAGAGCUUCAGUCAGAAUGGACAACUUAAAUUACACCAGCGGAUUCACACAGGGGAGAAACCAUAUAAAUGUCUGGAGUGCGGAAAGACCUUUACUGAAAAUGGACACCUUAGAAGACAUCAACGGGCUCACACAGGGGAGAAACCAUAUAAAUGUAUAGAGUGCGGAAAGAGCUUUAGUGAUAAUGGAAGCCUUAGAAGACAUCAACGGACUCACACAGGGGAGAAACCAUAUAAAUGUAUAGAGUGCGGAAAGAGCUUUACUGAUAAUGGACACCUUAGAAGUCAUCAACGGACUCACACAGGGGAGAAACCAUAUAAAUGUAUAGAGUGCGGAAAGAGCUUUAGUGAUAAUGGACACCUUAGAAGACAUCAACGGACUCACACAGGAGAGAAACCAUUUAAAUGCCUGGAGUGCGGAAAGAGCUUUUCUGAUAAUGAACACCUUAGAAGACAUCAACGGACUCACACAGGAGAGAAACCAUUUAAAUGCCUGGAGUGCGGAAAGAGCUUUACUGAAAAUGAACACCUUAGAACACAUCAAUGGACUCAUACAGGGGAGAAACCAUAUAAAUGUAUAGAGUGCAGAAAGAGCUUUAGUGAUAAUGUGAGCCUUAGAACACAUCAACGGACACACACAGGGGAGAAACCA